CCGGACACAGUUUCCAGCGAGUUUGAAAAAUUUUGAGAUAGUUCUGGAUUAGGGCGAACGUCAUCUCCCCCAAGAUGGAUAAUAUUUGGAAGAAAGCCCUCUUUAUCCUUCUAGUGAGCUGGAUUUUAUUUGAAGACUGUCAUGGACAGGAAGUUACAGUUCCAGAGAGCGCGACAUUUUGGGUGGAUGACGGGUCUGCCUCCCUCUCUUGUCAGGUGACGGGAAGCCCAUCACAAGUCACGUGGAGUAUUGGAACGGAUCCCCUAGCGAGUUGGACCGAAAAUGGUGAAGUCACAUUGCCUAAACCUGGCGGGAAAUACAAUAUGACUGUUGACGGGCAGGAAUUUGAUUUGUUAAUUAAUAACAUAUCUAUCUCAGAUGCUCUAAAUUACACGUGUGCCGCUUUCGGCGGAGGUACCGCAAAGUUUGAAUCAUCGGAAGUAAAAGUUUACCGAGAGGCUAGCGAGCCAGUAAUUAAAGAGUGUCCGACGAACAACGAAGUCGAUGAUGACUGCCGUAUUGACGUCGCCAACGAAACAUACAUGGCGAACCUGACAUGCACCGUCCAGCAUUUCUUCCCAAAUGUGACGAUCACGUGGUCUUCGACUCAUGGCGUCAUCGAUCCUAUCAACAUCGACUGGCAGCUUAGUGAUGAAGGGUGUUACUGUGCGUACGUUACGAUCGAGGCUCGUCCGCAAGACGACGCGUACGUCUGCACUGUGACCGGGGAAGCCCUUCGCGAUGAGCGCACGAAAUCGCUACGAGCUUUGGUGCAGGUCUACGAGGAUGGGGUGAAUCCCACCAAGAGAGACCCGGAUGGUGAUGAUGGUGGCGACGGUGGUUCAAGUAAUCUCGGUAUGAUCGUGGGCAUCGUCAUCGGGUGCGUAUUCCUUGUCAUCAUCGUAAUCUUCAUCAUCUACGCCGUCAGAGUAAAGAAGCGUGAAGCUUCGAAGGGAGGUAAAAAAUACAAAUACACGAAGCAAGCUAAACAAGCUGCGACCACGGAAGAAGAUGACGAACGAAGAGCGGGCGAAUCAAGGACAACAACUGGAAAAGAUGAUAACUUUGGUGUAGUGGACGAAGUUGACGAGAGAGGCGAGAAAAGGACAGAAGAUGAAAAGAACGAUUGGAGCCCCGAAACGAAAGACAGCGAUGGUGGUGGUGGUGGCGGCGGUGAAAGUGGCAGCGUUGGUGGUGGAGGAGGUGGAUCGAGUCAUGAUGAUGGGGGUGGCCAUGAUGAUUGAUGGCCGAAAUGAACAAGAAAGCAUAAUUAUAUAAUCGCAGGCAUUCUUUUAUCAAACGUCGAUGCAUGUCUCUUAAAAUGUGAAAGAAGGAAAAUGGUAUAUUAAUGUAUCUAUAUAAACAAAACAAAGUUGUCCCCCCAAAUAGCAACAUCAGACUGACGGUUCAAAUGGUAUGAUGUGACGUUUUUCGUUCUGUCUUCAUUUCAUUUCAUUUAUUUCCGUUAAAAACAUAAGUAAAACAAAAACAUGCAAGAGAAAGGGUUAUAAAUAUUAAGUCUGUUUUUUCCAUUACGGUUUGAAGUCAAACCUGUAGCCAGGACGGGGGGGGGGGGGGGGGGGUCGAACGAAACCCCCCAAAUUGUCAAAAUUAAGAAAAUAUAGGAUGAAAAGGAAAACAGAAAAAAAACAGAUCGAACCCUGUAAUCAAAAACAUUGGAUACAGGCCUUUGAUUUUUUUCUUCUAGUUUAAAGAUACAUGCCUCUUUGAUUGAUGAAAUAAUGCCUAUCAAAUGUCCAAGCUCUCGUAAGAAGCAUAUAUAAGUAGCUAUACUACCCGAAAUUUGCCAGGUUUGUUUAGUCAAUUCCCUUUAUUGCCCUUUCCUUUCACUUCGGAGCAUGUCAGUGAAUUAGUAGUAUAAAUCCACUCAGUAUUGUUAGCGAUAAAAAUGUUUAGUUUGACUAAUGCUCACGUGCACAAGGCAAGCCACAAGAGGACCAAUCAUUGAUGUUAAUAUGUCACCCAAAUGACGCCCCGUGUGCUUGGUCACUAGGGCAAGUUUGCAAGUACAUGUAGGUUUGACUAGUUCUUAGGUCAGAAAUGUUUUGAUGAAACUAAUGCAAUUCCAUUGAUUAUAAGAUACUGUACGAAAUUUAACCCAGAGCAGCUGAUUUGGUGCUUUUGUAAUUUUUUAUACGAUAAGAUUUGCGUAUAGAAUAUGUUUGUGCGACACUUCAGAUUUUAGAGGGUGUAACAUCUUGGUGAUAUUUUGGUACGGAAAAUUUGAUGAUCCGGGGCGUAAUUAUCUUUUUAAACACCCAUUAUCCAACGAAGUGAGUUGGCUGCAGCUUCUUUAUAAGAAACAAAUCCUUCAUGUUUGGGCCUGCGGAACGGAGGGGGGGGGGGGGGGGGUGGUAAUCGUGUGUUAUUUUUUCAUGGUCACCUCUUUUUUUCCAAACCAUCCCGCUAUCCUUGCAAUGAUAUAUCAUAAUUUUUCUAUCAAUUUUAAUUAUGAUUAUGAUUAGUGUAUUUAUCAGAUAUAAUAGUUAGCCUAGGAAUACGUUGUUUCUACGUAGAUGGCGCUAUAUGUAUAUGUCUUUUAUCUUUUUUUUAUUAUUUAGUUUUAAAGAAAUAUUUUGGAGUAGCUAGAUUCAGAAGAGCUGGAAUGUAAAUACCAUUUUUAGGGGUAUAUUCAGCUCUGUUGGACAUCAUCCAUCUACAAUUGACAAAAUUUUCAGAUUUAAUGUUAUGGUAAACAAUAAUAAUAAAAAAAGAAUUGUUAAAUGUUAUAGCCCUGACUGUGUCUUCUUCAGCACUUCAGCCGAGCUCGCUUUUAGUAUAGCGCCCUCUAAACGUCGUGACGCACAUACUUUAACAAAUACAUUGUUGGUAAUUGGCACUCACAAACGUGAUAAAUAUAAGGACAAAAUGAAGGAUUUUAUGCACAAGCGGAUGAUCAAGAUAGAGAGAGUGUGUGUGGGUGUGUGUGUAUAUGUUUGAAGUUGCGCGCGCGCGUGUGUAUGGGGUGUGUGAGAGAGAAGACGGUGUGCGUAUCCUAUUGUAUGAGUUGAUUUAAUUCUGCUUCGCUGUCUAGUCGAUUUUGUCAUACAUGAUUUACUUUUUGUUUUCCUUUCAAAAUAAGAGUUUGAAUUGACCCAUUUCGGUCGCAAAUCUUAUAAAGCAAAUACAUAUAUUCUCAAGAUCAGGAUAUUAAGAUAAUGAUUUUUUUUGUAAGAAAAACACUAUUUCUUUUUUUUCCUUAAAAUAUUCAUGUGAUUACUUUCUUGGUGACGCUUUUUAUGUUUGGUUUUUGUCAUCUACUCUUCAUCAGUUUUGGGUUUCAUCAAAUUUUUUUGUACUUCAUGUAUUUAGUCGCCUUUACGAUAAAUCUUUCCUAAUAUUAUUACCUUUUAGUUCAAUUGAGUGUCAUUCUAUAAAAUGUUUGAACAUUCAUUACUCAAUAUUGAUUCUACCAAAAUAUUUGUGAAAGGAUCUUUCAUUAACAUGCUUGUAAUAUUUGUAGUUAUAAAAAAAACCAUAUUAGGUUUAUUGUUUAAUUACUUUCAAUUUGUUCCAC